AUGGUGCCCGCCCCGCGGAUGGAACCGCAACAGCGUAUAGGCCCGCCGCAGCGAAAUGGCUUUGGGUCUGAUAUUGUUAGAACUACGCAGAACGUCGGGAAGCUCCAGCUGACAGGGAGGGCACCAGAUCCGCAAGUUCGUGGGUGGGAUUGCCCGUCAUGCGACUUUUACAACUUCGAGCGACGGCGACGGAGAGCUUGUUUGAGGUGCUUUGCCGCUCGACCGACCCCUGAUGCGUACAGCGGUGGCGACAACGAACCGUCUCCCAGUGCAGACGCGCCCACCCUGCACCAUGGGCACGGUAUGCAGCGCGCCGGAAGCGACCCUGUUGAGAUAAAGCCGAGAAAGCGUGGCGCAAAGAAGAACAGCGAAUGGAUCAAGGCUCUAAAUUUGAGUCGCCGGGAGGCACUGGCUGAUAUGCUCGGCCAAGGCAAUGGCAACCCGGAUGUCACCUCCCUGAACUUCGCCAACCCAGCCCGUCGUGAUACCAUCAUGCUCAACGGUGCCCGUGGCCCCAAUGCUCCCGGCGGCCCCGGCCCUCUCGGCUACUCCAUCAUCGGAUUCGAGACCGACAACCCAGGUGCAUGGUUGAUGCAUUGCCAUAUCGUCUGGCACGUCGAGGGUGGCAUGGCUCUGCAAUUCGUCGAGCGUCCCAAGGACAUCAAGGGAUACGCCAACAAGCCCGAAUUCAAGAACGAGUGCAAGGCCAUGGCCAAGUACGAGGAGGAUCCAGCCAACCGCAAGCACGCUGGCCAGUCCGGCUUGAAGAUCCGAGAGAUGUUUGGUGGUGAUGUCGUCCGUCGCGACAUCCACCGACAUGCCCAUAAGCACAACUUCUAA